UGAGUUUCUGGGACGCUGAAUGCCUCACUAGUUGUGAUUGGACAAACACUCAAAGCGAGUGUUGAAAGAUUGACUUCCUUCACUUUAUCAGUGGUUUCGUUUCAGGCGAGUAAGUGCAGUGAGCGACAGGCUUUCUACGCCAGAUAGAGCACACAAUCCAGCGAGUUUUUGUGUCAAGUACAUCGCAAUAAGGGCGAAAAUGAAAUACGGAUUAUUAUUGAUCACGCUUUGCAUUACUGCAACAGCUCUCACCUCAGGUGAAUAUAGUUCAGCUUAUAUGGCCGUUGGCUUGGACACAACAACCCACAAUCCAAAAACAACAACCCACAGUCCGAAUACAACAACCCCCAGCCCCAACACAACAACCCACAAUCCGAAUACAACAACCUCCAGGCCAAAAACCACAGUUACCACUCCAAUACCAUCUCCAACACCACCCACCAACAUGGCGGUGGGCCAUUAUAAUUUUAGUAAAGAUGGCAAAGUAUGUAUUAUGGUUGAAAUGGCAAUUGGGAUCCGUGUGAACACCAGCAAGGUUAAUGGCACAUUCAUUGUUCAGCAAAACAAAACCACUGUCAGUGGAGAAUGUGGGGACAAAGCCUCUACUAUCAGAAUAAUAUUCAGUGAAGGCCAAUUUACCCUGAAAUUUAGAAAUAAUGAGACGAUAAAAAAGUUCUAUGUGGAGUAUAUGGAUUACGACUUGACCUAUGCCUUCAAAACAGGAGAGUCAAAUGAUUACUCAGGGAAGAACGAUUCUCUUGAGCUGUUUUCUGUGGAACCGGGUCACUCUUACUCCUGCCAGGCUGAGACGGUGUACAUGGGAGAUGGUGUUAGUCUGGACUUGACCCAUAACAAGUUUCAGGCCUUCGACUUCAAAAACAAUGAAUUCGGACCACCUGAAGUAUGCAAGGCUGAUCAACAUGACUACCGCGUUGCCAUCGUCGUGGGCAUAAUCCUCAUCAUACUCAUCGUCAUUGUAGUCAUGGCUUACCUCAUCAGCAGGAAACGGAGGAGUGAUGGGUACCAGUCACUAUAGAGGCCUACAAGUCGUGAUUUAUGAGAAUACCAGCAAUUCCAGUUUACAGGAAUCUUAAUGCUGUUAUGUAUGUCUUAAGUGAAUGUUACUUAUGUAUACUGAUGAACAUGGAUGGCCUAGGAUCUGUCCAAACAAUGUUUACUAUGCAGGGACAGUAUGCCACAUCCUAACACAAGUUGAAGUUGCCAUCACAAGUUCUAGUAUUCAUUCUGUUGUGCAUGUUUUUUUCCUGUUUUUUUUUUUUUUUAACCUGAAGAGCUUUACUAUACUGUAUUGUGAUCUGAAGCUGCAUUUAUGCACUGAAUAUUGGGCGUAAUGUGUAAUUUUGGUUACAAAUAAAAAAAUAAUUUGUUCAAAAA